AGCUGCGAAUAAACAGGCAGGAGUUAGUCAGGUGCAUGUGCCACACUCACACAAGACCUGGAAUUGACAGGAAGACUCCCAACUAGUACAAUGACAGAAGAUAAGGUCACUGGGACCCUGGUUUUCACUGUCAUCACCGCUGUGCUGGGUUCCUUCCAGUUUGGAUAUGACAUUGGUGUGAUCAAUGCACCUCAACAGAGAUAAAAGGUGUCCACGUGGGAGACACAAGGUCAUCCUGGCCUGUCAGAUAAUAAUAUCUCACUAUAGACAUGUUUUGGGUGUUCCAGUGGAUGACCGAAAAGCUAUCAACAACUAUGUUACCAACAGUACAGAUGAACUGCCCACAAUUGCAUACUCAAUGAACCCAAAACCAACUCCUUGGGCUGAGGAAGAGACUGUAGCAGCUGCUCAACUAAUCACUAUGCUCUGGUCCCUGUCUGUAUCCAGCUUUGCAGUUGGUGGAAUGAUUGCAUCAUUCUUUGGUGGGUGGCUUGGGGACACACUUGGAAGAAUCAAAGCCAUGUUAAUAGCAAACAUUCUUUCAUUAGUUGGAGCUCUCUUGAUGGGGUUUUCAAAAUUGGGACCAUCUCAUAUACUUAUAAUUGCUGGAAGAAGCAUAUCAGGACUAUAUUGUGGGCUAAUUUCAGGCCUGGUGCCCAUGUAUAUUGGUGAAAUUGCUCCAACCACUCUCAGGGGCGCACUUGGCACUUUUCAUCAGCUGGCCAUUGUCACGGGCAUUCUUAUUAGUCAGAUUGUUGGUCUUGAAUUUAUCUUGGGCAAUUAUGAUCUGUGGCACAUCCUGUUUGGCCUGUCUGGUGUACGAGCCAUCCUUCAGUCUCUGCUACUCUUUUUCUGUCCAGAAAGUCCCAGGUACCUUUACAUCAAGUUAGAUGAGGAAGUCAAAGCAAAGCAAAGCUUGAAAAGACUCAGAGGAUAUGAUGAUGUCACCAAAGAUAUUAAUGAAAUGAGAAAAGAAAAAGAAGAAGCAUCAAGUGAGCAGAAAGUCUCUAUAAUUCAGCUCUUCACCAAUUCCAGCUACCGACAGCCUAUUCUAGUGGCACUGUUGCUGCACAUAGCUCAGCAAUUUUCUGGAAUCAAUGGGAUUUUUUACUACUCAACCAGCAUUUUUCAGACGGCUGGUAUCAGCAAACCUGUUUAUGCAACCAUUGGAGUUGGUGCUGUAAACAUGGUUUUCACUGCUGUCUCUGUAUUCCUUGUGGAGAAGGCAGGGCGACGUUCUCUCUUUCUAAUUGGAAUGAGUGGGAUGUUUGUUUGUGCCAUCUUCAUGUCAGUGGGACUUGUGCUGCUGAAUAAGUUCUCUUGGAUGAGUUAUGUGAGCAUGAUAGCCAUCUUCCUCUUUGUCAGCUUCUUUGAAAUUGGGCCAGGCCCGAUCCCCUGGUUCAUGGUGGCUGAGUUUUUCAGUCAAGGACCACGUCCUGCUGCUUUAGCAAUAGCUGCAUUCAGCAACUGGACCUGCAAUUUCAUUGUAGCUCUGUGUUUCCAGUACAUUGCGGACUUCUGUGGACCUUAUGUGUUUUUCCUCUUUGCUGGAGUGCUCCUGGCCUUUACCCUGUUUACAUUUUUUAAAGUUCCAGAAACCAAAGGAAAGUCUUUUGAGGAAAUUGCUGCAGAAUUCCAAAAGAAGAGUGGCUCAGCCCACAGGGCAAAAGCUGCCGUAGAAAUGAAAUUCCUAGGAGCUACAGAGACUGUGUGAAAAAAAAAAACCCUGUUUCUCGACAUGAAAAGAAACAGUAAGGGAACCGUCUGUUUUUAAAUGACGAUUCCUUGAGCAUUUUAUGUAUACAUCUUUAAGUAUUGUUUUAUUUUUAUGUGCUCUCAUCAGAAAUGUCAUCAAAUAUUACCAAAAAAGUAUUUUUUUAAGUUAGAGAAUAUAUUUUUGAUGGUAAGACUAUAAUUAAGUAAACCAAAAAGGCUAGUUUAUUUUGUUACACUAAAGGGCAGGUGGUUCUAACAUUUUUAGCUCUGUUCUUUAUAACAAGGUUCUUCUAAAAUUGAAGAGGUUUCAACAUAUCAUGUUUUUUUUUUUUUUUUUUUUGAGACGGAGUCUCGCUCUGUCGCCCAGGCUGGAGUGCAGU